AUGCUGGAGAUGGUGAAAAUGGUGGAGUGUGGUCGUUUGAAUGUAAAACCUGGUGGCGUGAAAAGUGAAGACAAUGGGAAAUCUGUCGAGGUUUUGGGAGGGAAGGGAAGGGGUGAAGGUGGUAGUGUAGAGCAGAAGCCGAUUGGAGACUGGUGGUACUACUGUACCUCUGUGUCACUAAGAGUGGUGGUCACUGCCAGUACAACAGGAGGCCCAGGAGGAAGAAAAAGGUAUGAAUGCCCCAUAAACCAGAUUAAUGCCAGUGGUGUAAUUACCAAAGAAGAACAGAUAUACCUCCUUAUUGCAGAAAAGGCAAACUGUGAUCAACAUUUAUUGAAUCAAACUGAAAAAGAUGGAGUCUGUAUUCCAGAAUGGGAUGGUUUAACAUGUUGGCCAAGUGGAUUCCCAGGAGAGCUCACUUCUGUUCCGUGCCCACAUUAUAUUUACGAUUUUAAUCAUAAAGGGUUCGCCUAUCGCCACUGCAACGAUGAUGGAAUGUGGAAGUUUGUUGAAGAACUGAACCGAACAUGGACAAACUACACAGAGUGUCUCACUUUUCUGCAGUCUGACAAUAGCGAUAGACAAGAAUUCUUUGAACGGGUAUAUGUAAUGUACACCAUUGGAUACUCCGUGUCUCUCUGCUCACUGACCAUAGCGAUUGUAAUUAUAGGCUAUUUCAAAAGACUCCAUUGCACUCGGAAUUAUAUCCACAUGCACUUGUUUGUCUCCUUCAUACUGAGGGCACUCAGUAUUUUCAUCAAAGACAAUGUUGUGCAUUCUGAUUUCAAAAUGCAGGAGUAUGAUUCUCUUUCAGUGGAUGAUCUGACAACCAUCACAGUUGCCCCUAUAGUAGAGAAGUUCCGUAACGUGGGAUGCAAGAUUGCUGUCAUAGUGUUUCUGUAUUUCUUGGCUACAAACUACUACUGGAUUCUAGUGGAAGGCCUUUAUUUACACUGUCUCAUACUGAUGGCCUUCCUGUCUGACAGAAAAUAUCUAUGGACUUUUACCUUCAUUGGAUGGGGAGUUCCAGCAGUCUUUGUUGCAGCUUGGGCCAUUGUGAGAGCAGUAUUGGCUGAUGAAAGCUGCUGGGAUCUAAACGUGGGCAACUUCAAUUGGAUUUAUCAAACACCAAUUUUAAUAGCUAUUGUGGUAAAUUUUAUCUUGUUUGUUAAUAUUGUUCGGGUUCUGGCUACCAAGCUUCGUGAAACAAAUGCUGGGCGAUAUGAUGCAAGAAAACAGUACAGAAAAUUAGCAAAGUCCACCUUAGUUCUUGUGCUUGUGUUUGGAAUGCACUACAUCGUAUUUGUUGCUGUGCCACAUACCUUCACUGGAGUAGCAUGGGAAAUACGGAUGCAUUUUGAACUUUUUUUCAACUCAUUUCAGGGAUUAUUUGUUGCGAUUAUCUAUUGCUUCUGCAAUGGAGAGGUUCAUACUGAAAUCAAAAAGACAUGGACAAGGUGGCACCUUUCCUUAGACUGGAAUGGGAAGGCGAACUGUGGGACUUAUCGAUAUGCCUCAGCGUUAACCAACCUGACCAACAGUACCUCCAGCCAGGCACAGGUCAAUGCACGCACAUCGUUAUUAACUCGAAAGUUACUUAAGAACGAGGUUAAACAGGAAAACAGCCAUCUGACUUUACCGGGGUAUGUAAGAAGCAACUCUGAUCCAGAGAGUUUACAGCCGUCUAUUCCUGAAGAACUCAAUGAAAAUGAGGAAAACCUUGAAGAUGUAAUUUAUCUUAAAGAAUCAUCAAAGCCUGUGCUCGAGGUGAACGUUGAACAUGAAGAAGUGGUUUAA